CUUCUGCACGUCUGCUGAAAUUCUCCAUCUUGUGCAUUUCCUCUUUACCUCGCUCAUCAACGUUGUUUCGUAUUUCUUCGUUGUACAAAUUGGCUGAUUAAGUUAGUUAAAUUCUCUCUAGAGGUUCACAAUGGGCCAUUCUCGGUCUAGGAGUAAAUCCCCCCGCAGCAAAUCUCCUUCGCGGAGACACAAAAGCAAGCAUUCGAGAAAGAGGUCCAAAUCACGGGACAGAGUGAAAACAUCACAUAGUAAACACUCAAGGAAAUCUAGAGAAAGAAGUGCCAAGCCAAGCCACAAACAUGCACGGUCUGGGUCUUCAUCAAGUAGUUCAUCAUCUUCAGAUGAAUUCAAAAUGCACACAAAGAAACGCAAGAUGGAUGAGGUUGAACGAUUGGCAGAAAUGGAAAGGCAAAGAAAUUCUUUGAUUGUCUCUCACAGGCGGCAGCGGGAGAUGGAGCAACGCCUAGUUGAAGAAGAGACUGCAAAACGUAUAGAGGAAAUGGUUAAAAAACGUGUAGAAGAAGAAUUAGAAAAAAGGAAAGAGGAAAUAGAGCAAGAAGUUUUAAGAAGAAUAGAGGAGGCCAAACGAGAAAUGGAGAAGGAGAUGAUGGAGGAGAUGGAGAGACGUCGCCAGGUGCUACUAGAAGAGGAAAAGAAAAGACAGGAAGAGGAAGAAAAGAAACGAGAAGCCCUGGAGCAGAUCAUGGCAGAAAAUAAUCGGAAAAUUGAAGAAGCACAACGAAAAUUGGCUGAAGAACGACUUGCAAUGGUUGAAGAACAACGUAAAAUUGAAGAAGAGAGGCAGCGAUUACGCAAAGAGCAAGAGAGGCGGGUUAAGGAAGAGCAAAAGAAAAUUCUUGGAAAGAACAAUUCAAGACCUAAAUUGUCCUUUUCUCUUAAACCUGCUGUCUCAUGACAAUGUUAUAUGUUAAUUUAUGACAAACUCUUAUUACUUAUAAUUAAUUUGUUGUUGGUUCAACUGCAUGUCAUUCCAUUUCACUGUGGAAGUGAUAUGUGCAAGGAAGUUAUGCUUGGAAUGGGAAGUGGUGGUUUAACUGUCACUUUUGCACAUUCAGUGAUAAUUCUGUAAUACUAAUAAUGAUUUAUACAAUGAUGAACUUAAUUAUUAUGAUUGUAAUCGAAAUUUAUAGGCCAUUGUUUGUUACACUACUUAAAAAUGUUGCUAAUUUUGCUGUUUCUUAUUUGUUUUGAUUUUAAAUGCUAAUUAGGCAAUAUCCAACUCUUAUGCACUGCUUUCUUUCUCACUGUGUUUCUGUGGAAGAUUGUUUCUUCAUGAUUGAAAAUGUGUUUUGAAUCAUAUAAUUAUUAUGAUGCAACCAUCAAUCAACUUCCAAAGAGAUGUUGCCAAUCCUAUUUUCUUGUAAUUUUGCCAAGUUUUUUCUAUAUGACCCCUCACUUUUCUCAAAUACUAAUGAUACCUGUGGACCACUUUCUAUAUUCAUUUUUUAUGUGUCUACCAAAUUUACUCUACCAAAAGAAACUGUCCAACUGUCUUUAAGUAGUUUUGACUAUUUUUGUUACACAAUAAAUAACCAUUUUGGUGGAAAUUUUAUUCCUUUUUUUUUUCUUUAAGAUUAUUAAAGGCUUUAGAUAGAACUGGUGUUUAGAUUGUUCUUGCAUUGGUUGCUAAAGAAUUGUUUAAAUGUAUGCUUUGUUCUUUGUUUCUAAAUAUUAUUUCAUGAUGUGCCAGGAAAAUUUUUGGCUAUCAUUUUGAUAUGCUGAGAGAAACGUGAUAGCUGUUAUUUCAAUGUUAAGUAAAACAAUUUAUUAAUUGUACUCUUUCAUAUUUAUUUCAGUGCAGUGAUCAUGAUGCUGUGUCUCAGAGAGUCAUGUUGUUUCAACUUAAUCAACAAGGUUUUAAGAAAUCUAUCCAUCUUUUCUUUGGUAGCCUUGAAUUUUGUUCAAUAACUGAGCAGAAUCAUGAUAUAGUUUAUCUGUGUCUCAAGCAAACUUCCUGUAAUCCCAAUACAAUUUUUUUGCAAAGAAAAUUAAUAAAAGAAUGGAGGUAUGACCA